AUGACUUCACCUUACCGUCAAUCAUUCUCAACGCAAUCGACUGACGCACAUCAUCUUGCUGCACUUAACAAGCAAUCCUCUUUACAUUUGGGCGGUCUCCAGACCUCUCAACACACCAGUAACAUUAGAACGUUGCUCUCCCCACCAGAAUCACCUGAUAUGAAGACGUCCGCCAAUUAUUCUUCUCCAUUUGACUCUUAUGGGGUUCAACCAAGAUAUGAAUCCGAAAGAUACGUUCCAGUCCCCCAACAAACUCGACAAGUCUACGAAGAAUCAUGUAGUUGUUGCGCUAAACCAACCCCUGUCUACUCACCUUC